AUGUGGAGCUGGCAAUUCAUGCAUCGAACGUCAGUGGAGCUCGGUCGCCUUCGUGCUGUUCGGGUGCCUGCCAAGAAGAUGGAGCUGGUGGCAUCCCAUGCGCCUGGAUGGAAACCAGGACCGCAGUCGGAGCAGAGAUGGAUGAGGUGAGUGGGUGGCUGAUCAAUCAAGGACAGGUGUAUCGCUUUCAUGAGCAUUGCUCUUGCUGAACUCCCGACUGCCCCGAUAUUACGGCGGUGACAGGCGAGCCAUCCACUGA